AUGUUUAUUUCCAACUCUGCUGUUAUUAAUCCUCCAGAAAAACAACCACCGCCAGGGCCCGGUCUUGUUCGGGCGCAGACAGAUGCGUCGCUUGGAACUAGACUCGCUCCUAAAACAUUUGUGGGAGCACAGUCAACCUAUGCGGACGAUAUAGGAACUUUCAAUGGCGGCAGUUACAGAGUGAGCCAUCGGGACACAAACACUCUUUUGACCAUCCAGCUAGCAGUGGGAUGCCCAAUACAGGCAAGACCUGGCGUCAUGAUCUCAAUGUCCCCUUCAAUGUCCCUGAGGGGCUCACUGUCAUUCGGAUGGAUUAAGGCCCUUGCAGGAGGCCAACUGGCCCGAUCAACAUAUACCGGUCCCGGGGAGGUUCUGCUCGCUCCAUCUAUACUUGGAGAUGUUACUGUGCUCCGUGUAGACGGUACAAGAGACUGGACUGUUGGGAAAGAUGCAUUCCUCGCCUGCACCACGGGUGUCAAGAUUGAGUACAAGUCCCAGGGACUUAUGAAAGGUGUCUUUUCUGGUGAGGGCUUCAUUGUGUUCAACUUCAGCGGCGCCGGGCUGGUGUGGAUGCAAAGCUUCGGAGCGAUUGUCAAGAAGGAGCUCGCCGAGGAAGAAACCUACUUCGUGAACAAUGGCCACCUGGUGGCAUGGAACUGCAAAUACAAGAUUGAACGCGUUGCGUCUGGAGGUAUCAUCUCCAACUGGAGUGCCGGUGAGGGUCUGGCCUGUAGAUUCACAGGCCCCGGCACUGUCUAUAUGCAGACGCGCAAUGCGUCGACCUUUGUUGCCCACCUGAAUGGCGUUAUCGCGAAGACUUGA